GUACCUCACUAUGUACGCAUUUUUUACCUUCGUAGUCGCCUGUUUAGCAGUAGCCGCUCACGGCUACCCAAAUAGUCAAAUUGUUGGCGGAGAAGAUGCUCCAGUCGGCAAGUAUCCGUAUCAAGUGUCAUUGAGAAAAAGCGGAUUUCACAGUUGCGGCGGAUCCAUCAUCAGCAGCCACACUGUUCUCACCGCCGCUCAUUGUAUAAUAGGUUACAGCGGCAAUCCCGCGAGUUUGCGAGAUCUAACUAUCCAUGCUGGCACAAAUUAUUUAAACGAAUCUGGUGUCGUUUAUACAGCAACACAAGCUAUCGCUCACGAGAAUUACAAUCCUUAUCAAUUGACCAAUGACAUUGGUUUACUUAUUCUGUCAACUGCUGUGGAAUUUAAGCCACUGGUACAGCCUAUACUACUUGCAAAAGAUGACAUCGCUCCCGCUGGUUAUCCCUGCAUCUUAACAGGAUGGGGAAGAUUAUCGCUUGGUGGUCAGAUUCCUAAUAACUUGCAACAAAUUGAGUUAAAAGUUUACGAUCAAAAUAAAUGCAGACAAGAACACGAGAAUGUACAAUCUAGUCAUAUUUGUACGCUAACAAAAACAGGCGAAGGCGCGUGCCAUGGUGAUUCUGGUGGUGCUCUUGUUGCUGAUGGUGUUCAGAUCGGUGUUGUUUCUUUCGGCAUACCAUGCGCUCGCGGAUACUCUGAUGUAUUUACUAGAGUGUCCGCAUUCACAGAAUGGCUCGAAAAACAUGUUAUGCAUGCAUUCAUUUGUCUUCUAUUCGUCGCUCUGGCAUACGCCGUACAAGGAGCCCCAUCUCCUCGUAUCGUUGGAGGCAAGGAUGCUCCUGUCGGCAAAUAUCCAUAUCAAAUAUCAUUGAGAUUUCUCGAUUCACACACAUGCGGUGGUUCUAUCAUAAAUACUCGUACUAUUCUCACUGCAGCACAUUGUGUCGAAGGAACUGAAAAUCUAUUAAAUUAUUUAUCGGUUCACGCCGGCACAAAUUAUUUGAACCAAACAGGAAAUAAGUAUGGAGUAGCGAAUGUUACUAUUAAUGAAAAUUAUAACAGAGCAUUGCUCAUUAAUGACAUCGCUCUAGUUCAUCUUGCAAGUCCUAUCAAAUACAAUACAGUAGUGCAGCCCAUAAAGCUUGCAACAACUGAUGCAAAUCUUGAAGGCAAGCCUUGUACGUUAUCCGGAUGGGGAACUACUAAGCUGGGUGGCAAUCCCCCAAACAGUUUGCAAGAAAUUGAUUUAAAAGUUUAUCCUCAACAACUAUGUAAGUCCGUACACUCGAAUGUGAUAAAUAGCCAUAUUUGCACUCUUACUCAAGCAGGACAAGGAGCGUGCCAUGGUGAUUCCGGUGGUCCUUUAGUAGCCAAUGGAAGUCAAAUUGGAAUUGUUUCUUUCGGUCGCCCUUGCGCAGUUGGAUAUCCAGAUGUAUACACGAGAGUGAGCAGUUUUACUUCUUGGAUUAUUGGGAAGAUGAAAUUAUAGGAAAUUAUUUAAUUUGUUUAUUAAGAUGCCAAUCCAUUUAUGUAUAUGAUUCAUAGUUCAAUUAAAAUAUAAUUUGUGUAAAUUAUUUUUGAAGAAAUGUAUUACAUUUUGUCAUCAAUCAAAUAAAUUAUCAAUGUAAGUAAUACACGAAAAGUAAUUAAUAAAUCUAUCGAAACGUC